UUAAGGCCUUGUAUUGACACCCAACUGUAUCAAACCAAACCAAACCAAACCAAACCAAAACCCACCCCUCUUCCCGUUGCUCCACACUGUUGGGAAAUUUCCCCUCUCCCACUGUUAAUUCUCAGCUUAUUAUGUGUAUAUAAAUAUAUAUAAUUCUUCCUUUUUUUUUGGGUUCGUAAACGUUCAAAGAGACCAAUCAGAUUGAAACAGUUCGAUCCCGGUUUUAAAAGAUUCAAGCUUCUUCUGCCUUCUGGUUCUCUUCUCCAAGUUUCAGGUGUUACAAUAUGUUGGAAGCCCAGAGAAAGUUACCUAUAGUGGGUAUAGGCCGCCGUAGCAACAGUCACUUAAAUGGAGCAAUUACGUUAAGAUCCCCUUCUGCAGUAUCUGUAGUUGAAGAGUUCUGUUACGUCCUUGGCGGGAAGAAGCCAAUACAUAGUAUCUUAAUUGCAAACAAUGGAAUGGCGGCUGUCAAAUUUAUAAGGAGCAUAAGGACAUGGGCCUAUGAAACAUUCGGGACAGAAAAGGCAAUAUUGUUGGUGGCCAUGGCUACUCCAGAGGACAUGAGAAUCAAUGCAGAGCAUAUUAGAAUAGCAGAUCAGUUUGUAGAAGUUCCUGGUGGGACAAACAACAAUAACUACGCCAAUGUGCAGCUCAUCGUAGAGAUGGCAGAGGUCACACAUGUCGAUGCUGUUUGGCCCGGUUGGGGUCAUGCUUCUGAAAACCCUGAGUUACCAGAUGCGCUAAAUGCAAAGGGAAUCAUUUUUCUUGGGCCACCCUCUAUAUCUAUGGGGGCGCUGGGUGAUAAAAUUGGUUCAUCGCUGAUCGCUCAAGCGGCUGAAGUUCCAACCCUUCCUUGGAGCGGCUCUCAUGUGAAAAUCCCAUCAGACAGCUGUUUCGUUACUAUUCCAGAUGACAUCUAUAGUAAAGCAUGUGUUUACACUACAGAAGAAGCAAUUUCAAGUUGUCAAGUAGUGGGUUACCCUGCAAUGAUAAAAGCAUCUUGGGGGGGUGGUGGUAAAGGCAUUAGAAAGGUCCAUAACGAUGAUGAAGUCAGGGCGUUAUUCAAGCAAGUUCAGGGUGAAGUUCCUGGUUCACCCAUAUUUAUAAUGAAGGUGGCAUCUCAGAGCCGACAUCUAGAAGUCCAAUUACUUUGUGAUCAGUAUGGCAAUGUUGCAGCUUUGCAUAGUCGUGAUUGUAGUGUUCAGAGACGACACCAGAAGAUUAUUGAGGAAGGUCCAAUUACUGUAGCUCCUCUUGAAACGGUGAAAAAGUUGGAGCAAGCAGCUAGAAGGUUGGCCAAAUGUGUGAAUUAUGUUGGAGCUGCUACUGUUGAGUAUCUUUACAGUAUGGAUACUGGAGAGUACUAUUUCUUAGAGCUCAACCCUCGGUUGCAGGUGGAACACCCCGUCACUGAGUGGAUAGCUGAAAUAAAUUUGCCAGCAGCACAGGUUGCUGUGGGGAUGGGGAUUCCUCUCUGGCAAAUUCCUGAAAUAAGGCGAUUUUAUGGAAUGGAACAUGGUGGGGGAUAUGAUGCUUGGAGGAGAACAUCUGUUGUUGCUACCCCAUUUGACUUUGACAAGGCAGAGUCUACAAGACCAAAAGGUCAUUGUGUAGCUGUACGUGUAACAAGUGAGGAUCCAGAUGAUGGUUUUAAGCCAACUAGUGGGAAAGUACAGGAGCUGAGCUUUAAAAGCAAGCCAAAUGUGUGGGCAUACUUUUCUGUAAAGUCUGGAGGAGGGAUUCAUGAAUUCUCAGAUUCUCAAUUUGGUCAUGUUUUUGCCUUUGGAGAGUCUAGAGCCUUAGCUAUUGCAAACAUGGUUCUUGGGUUGAAGGAGAUUCAAAUUCGUGGAGAAAUUCGUACAAAUGUCGAUUACACCAUUGAUCUAUUACAUGCUUCAGAUUACAAGGAAAAUAAGAUACAUACAGGCUGGUUGGACAGUAGAAUAGCAAUGCGGGUUAGAGCAGAAAGACCACCUUGGUAUCUCUCUGUGGUUGGAGGGGCUCUUUAUAAAGCAUCGGCCAGGAGUGCAGCAAUGGUGUCAGAGUAUGUAGGUUAUCUUGAGAAAGGGCAAAUCCCUCCCAAGCAUAUAUCACUAGUCAACUCUCAGGUUUCUUUGAAUAUUGAAGGAAGCAAAUAUACUAUUAAUAUCACAAGAGGAGGACCGGGAAGCUACAGACUAAGGAUGAACGAAUCAGAGAUUGAGGCUGAGAUACAUACGUUGCGUGAUGGAGGUUUACUAAUGCAGUUGGAUGGAAACAGUCAUGUUAUAUAUGCAGAGGAAGAAGCUGCUGGAACUCGCCUUCUUAUUGAUGGAAGGACUUGCUUGCUUCAGAAUGAUCACGAUCCAUCCAAGUUGGUGGCAGAGACUCCAUGCAAGCUUCUAAGGUAUCUGGUAUCAGAUGGUGGUCAUGUUGAUGCUGACACACCUUAUGCAGAAGUUGAGGUUAUGAAGAUGUGCAUGCCCCUUCUUUCACCAGCUUCCGGUAUCAUCCAAUUUAUGAUGUCUGAAGGUCAAGCAAUGCAGGCUGGUGAGCUUAUAGCAAGUCUUGAUCUAGAUGAUCCUUCAGCUGUACGAAAAGCAGAACCUUUCCAUGGGAGCUUUCCGCUCUUGGGACCCCCAACUGUAAUAUCUGGCAAAGUUCAUCAGAGGUGUGCAGCAAGCCUAAAUGCAGCCCAAAUGAUUCUUGCAGGAUAUGAGCAUAACAUUGAUGAAGUUGUCAACAACUUGCUUAGCUAUCUUGAUAAUCCUCAGCUCCCUUUCCUUCAAUGGCAAGAAUGCUUGUCUGUACUUGCAACCCGCCUUCCUAAAGAACUCAGAUGUGAGUUGGAAUCAAAAUAUAAAGAGUACGAAGGUAGCUUGCAGAAUGUUGACUUCCCUGCCAAAAUAUUGAGGGGUGUUCUUGAGAACCAUUUAAGAUCUUACUCCGAUAAAGAAAAAGGAGCUUUAGAAAGGCUUGUUGAACCAAUGAUGAGCCUUGUCAAGUCUUAUGAUGGUGGAAGAGAGAGUCAUGCCUGUGUAAUUGUUCAAAACCUUUUUGAUGAGUAUUUAUCAGUUGAAGAAUUGUUCAGCGACAGCAUCCAGGCGGAUGUGAUUGAACGUCUUCGACUUCAAUAUAAGAAAGAUCUCUUGAAGGUUGUGGAUAUUGUGCUAUCUCAUCAGGGUGUUAAGAGUAAAAAUAAGUUGAUAUUACGACUCAUGGAGCAAUUGGUGUACCCCAAUCCUGCUGCAUACAGAGAUAAAUUGAUCCAAUUCUCUGCACUCAACCAUACAAAUUACUCGGAGUUGGCGCUAAAGGCAAGUCAACUGCUAGAACAGACCAAACUGAGUGAGCUCCGGUCCAGCAUUGCCAGAAGUCUUUCAGAAUUGGAGAUGUUUACUGAGGAUGGGGAGAAUAUGGACACUCCUAAGAGGAAAAGUGCCAUUGAUGAAAGGAUGGAGUAUAUCGUGAAUGCGCCUUUAGCAGUUGAAGACGCUCUCGUGGGCCUAUUUGAUCACAGUGAUCCCACCCUUCAGAGGCGGGUGGUGGAGACUUAUGUCCAAAGAUUGUACCAGCCCUACCUUAUGAAGGGCAGCAUCAGGAUGCAGUGGCACAGAUUCGGUCUUAUUGCUUCUUGGGAGUUCUUGGAAGAGCAUAUUGAAAGGAAAAAUGGAGCUGAUAAAUCAUCAGUUGAGAAGCAUGCAGAGAGGAAAUGGGGAACAAUGAUUAUUAUCAAAUCUCUUCAUCUUUUUCCAUCGGUGAUAAGUUCUACGCUAAGAGAAACAACUGAUUACAAAAAGGACACAAUCCCAAAUGGUUCUGUAGAUCCAGCUAGCUACGGUAACAUGAUGCAUAUUGCAUUGGUAGGAGUCAACAACCAGAUGAGCUUGCUUCAGGACAGCGGUGAUGAGGAUCAGGCGCAAGAAAGAAUCAACAAGUUGGCCAAAAUGCUUAGAGAUAAAGAGGUAAGCUCUGGUCUUCGAAGUGCAGGCAUCAAGGUUAUUAGCUGCAUCAUACAGAGGGAUGAAGGGCGGACACCAAUGAGACACUCAUUUCACUGGUCAGAAGAGAAGCUUCAUUAUGAGGAGGAGCCCCUACUACGCCAUCUCGAACCUCCUCUAUCCAUAUAUCUUGAAUUGGACAAACUCAAGGGUUACGAGAAUAUACAAUACACUCCAUCCAGGGACCGUCAGUGGCACCUAUACACUGUUACAGAUAAGCCGUCACCAAUCCAGAGGAUGUUUCUCAGAACUCUUGUAAGACAGUUGACCUUAAAUGAAGGUUUCAUGGGUCUGGAAGUUGGAACAAACAGAUCCUACUUGGCUAUGUCUUUUACUUCAAGGAGCAUCUUGAGGUCCUUAACGACUGCAAUGGAAGAGUUGGAACUCCAUGCUCAUAAUGAUGCUAUCAGAUCUGACCGUGCUCAUAUGUAUCUAUAUAUCUUACGCGAGCAACAAAUAGAUGAUCUUGUGCCUUAUCCAAAGAAAGUUGAAAUUGAUGGUGGACGAGAAGAAGCUGUUGUCGAGGCAAUCUUGGAAGAGCUGGUACGUGAUGUCCAUGCUUAUGUCGGUGUUAAAAUGCAUCGGUUAGGUGUCUGUGAAUGGGAAGUGAAGCUCUGGGUUGCAUCUGCUGGACGAGCCACUGGUGCUUGGAGGGUAGUGGUUCAGAAUGUAACUGGGCAUACCUUCAAUGUGCAUAUAUAUCGAGAGCUGGAGGAUGCAAGCGAACAAAGAGAAGUCUACCAUUCAAACUCUGCAAGGAGCCCUCUGCAUGGUGUUCCUGUGAAUGCACAGUACAAGCCUUUGGAAGCUCUUGAUAGGAAGCGAUUAUUGGCAAGAAAAGCCAACACCACAUACUGUUACGAUUUUCCUCUGGCAUUCGAAACAGCGUUACAAAAGUCUUGGUCGCAUCAAGUCCCGAGUCAAAACAAAUUCAAGGGUAAAGUUCUCAAAGUCACAGAGCUAGUAUUUGCUGACCAAAAAGGAAAAUGGGGUACUCCUCUUGUCACUAUGGAGCGUCCGGCCGGGCUGAAUGAUGUUGGCAUGGUCGCUUGGACUAUGGAAAUGUCUACGCCGGAGUUCCCUGCUGGGAGGACAAUUCUGGUAGUAGCAAAUGACGUGACGUUCAAAGCUGGAUCUUUUGGUCCAAGAGAGGAUGCAUUUUUUCUGGCGGUUACAGAUCUUGCUUGCACCAGGAAAUUGCCUCUAAUUUACUUGGCAGCAAACUCAGGGGCUCGUAUUGGGGUAGCUGAAGAGGUAAAAGUUUGUUUUAAAGUUGGCUGGUCUGAUGAAGUCAGGCCAGAGUCCGGUUUUCAGUAUGUGUAUUUGACUCCCGAGGAUUAUGCACGUGUCAGUUCAUCUGUUAUCGCGCAUGAGCUGAAGCUGCCGAAUGGAGAGACCCGAUGGGUAAUAGAUAGCAUUGUAGGAAAGGAGGACGGCUUGGGGGUUGAGAACUUAUCAGGGAGUGGAGCCAUAGCCAGUGCCUAUUCAAGAGCGUACAAGGAGACCUUCACCCUGACUUAUGUUACAGGCAGAACUGUUGGCAUAGGCGCUUAUCUUGCUCGGCUUGGUAUGCGAUGCAUACAGAGGCUCGACCAGCCUAUUAUUCUUACCGGUUUCUCUGCGCUAAACAAGCUUCUAGGCCGGGAGGUUUACAGCUCCCACAUGCAGCUCGGGGGACCUAAAAUCAUGGCAACCAAUGGAGUAGUUCACCUGACAGUCUACGAUGAUCUUGAAGGGAUAUCUUCCAUUUUGAAAUGGCUGAGCUAUGUACCGCCCUACUCCGGUGGUCCACUCCCGAUUGUGGCUCCUUCGGAUCCUCCAGAGAGGUCGGUGGAAUACUUCCCGGAGAAUGCCUUCGAUCCCCGGGUAGCCAUCCGUGGGGCUCUGGAUGGCAGUGGGAAGUGGCUGGGCGGCAUGUUUGACAAGGAAAGCUUCAUUGAGACACUGGAAGGCUGGGCAAAGACUGUGGUCACCGGCCGGGCAAGGCUCGGAGGAAUCCCCGUUGGAAUAGUAGCCGUUGAGACACAAACUGUAAUGCAAGUGAUCCCUGCAGAUCCCGGGCAGCUUGAUUCCCAUGAAAGGGUUGUUCCUCAAGCUGGGCAAGUAUGGUUUCCUGAUUCUGCUACCAAGACAGCUCAAGCAUUGGUGGACUUCAACAGGGAGGAGCUUCCCCUUUUCAUUCUUGCAAACUGGAGAGGCUUUUCCGGUGGCCAGAGGGACCUGUUUGAGGGCAUUCUUCAGGCCGGAUCGACCAUUGUCGAGAACCUUCGAACGUACAAGCAGCCGGUUUUCGUGUACAUCCCGAUGAUGGGCGAGCUGCGUGGUGGGGCAUGGGUCGUCGUCGAUAGCAGGAUCAACUCGGAGCACAUUGAAAUGUAUGCAGAAGGUACUGCCAAGGGAAAUGUCCUUGAGCCGGAAGGGAUGAUUGAGAUCAAGUUCAGAACAAAGGAGCUGGUGGAAUGCAUGGGCCGGCUCGACCGGCAGCUGAUCGAUCUUAAGGCCAAACUCCGGCAAUCCGGGACCACGACACCCGAUGCAACUGCUGAAUCUUUGCAGCGCCAAAUUAAAGCAAGGGAAAAGAAACUACUGCCUAUAUACACUCAAAUAGCUACCAGAUUUGCCGAGUUGCAUGAUACUUCCCUGAGGAUGGCUGCUAAAGGGGUGGUCCGGGAAGUUGUGGACUGGGGGAGCUGCCGGCAUUUCUUCUACAAGAGAUUGCGACGGAGAAUUGCCGAAGGGUCGAUGAUCAAGACCGUCAGAGAUGCUGCCGGCGAUCAGCUGUGGUCUCACGAAUCUGCCAUUGAAAUGAUCAAGAAGUGGUUCUUAGAUUCCAAGAUUGCACAAGGGAGAACAGAUGCUUGGGCAGAUGAUGAAGCUUUCUUCAAAUGGAAGGAUGAUGCUGUGAAUUAUGAGGAGAAGCUACAGCAGUUGAGCCAACAGAAAGUGACGCUUCAAUUGGCAAAAAUCGUCGAUUCACCAUUGCAUCUACAGGAGCUGCCUCGAGCUCUUGCAGCAAUGCUAAGCAAGGUGGAACCAUCAAAUCGUGCCAAGCUGGUCGACGAGCUCAGAAAGGUGAUCAAUCAAUCAGGGUGAUUAUAGUACGUCAGUUACAUAGAGAUUAGAAUCACUGAAUUGUAGUGUUCGUCUAUUCUGGUCAUUUAUGGGUGAAAAAGAACUGGCACAAUUCUUGAGAGCUGCAUCAGUGUAUAUAUUUAGGUUUUUGUGGGUUGGAUGCAGUUUAAAGUAGGCGAUUGUUCAAGAUAGGCUCUCCAUUGAUCACCUGGACGGGCUCUUCAUUGCCAUAAACGUUUUACUAUAAUUGUUUGCUCUUUAUCUCAUGGCUAUAAUGAGAAUUUAUAAUUUACAA